UGCAGUAUAAACGGUCGCUGUCGGUAAUCGAUCGGCGGCAGGUGAGGCGGUCAGAGUCCGUGAUGACGUCACGACGGUGAUCGGUGAGCUCGCGGAAUGCGGAAGCGGGAGUCAGUGCCUUGCAGCUUUCCAGGGAAGAAGGUCAUUCAGAAGAGACAAACAUGUGGCCAAAUCAAGGACCUCCGUACGCUGGACCUCCGGCCGCUGGACCGCCCAAUCCUGCUUUUCCUUGUCCUCCAAACCCGGCGUACCCAGCCAUGCCCAUCCCAUCCUACCAGCCCGGACCCAACCCCGUCUAUCCGCCCAUGAACCAACCCAUGAACCAGCCCAUGACCAUCCCGUACCCCGCGCCCAACCAGCAGCCGUUCCCUCCGGUGGGGCCCGGGCCGCACGCACCCUUCCCCGGGGCCGGACACCCCUGCCCCGUCCCGCAGUACGGCGGUCACCCGGCCGGAACACAUGCACCUGGACACAAGAAACACAAGAAGAUGAAGAAGAUGAAGAAAGGCCAUAAAGCUCACAAGGAGAACAAACAUAUGAAGCACGGCAAGCAUUCGUCCAGCAGCAGCAGCAGCAGCAGCAGCAGUGAUUCUGACUGAAGAGCAGCACACAUGCACUAACACACCUGAUCUCACAAGCGCCAGGGCUAAUACAUAAAGCCCAGCAGCAAUAAAAUGGAUAAUCAAAUGCAGUAAUGUAUAGCAAUUAAGUAUAUUUAUGCGUUUCUGUGAGUCUGAAUGCUUUUCUUAAUUACAUUUACAAGGAAACGAGUAUAUAAAUAAUCAGCUUUCCUUGUGAAGAGAUCGUCAGUCUUUUGAUGAUUUAAUUAUAACUUUUGCUGAACUUGACUCAGUUGUGAACAUCAUACUGAUAUUUCAGACAUUUGCCUUGAUUUGAGAAAUAGACAACUUUAAUUAAACAAGCUCGCUUCCUUUAUGCAUUAAAGUUACUUUAAGAAGAAAAGUCACAGAUAACACACGUACAUCUGCAAGACGUCUGGAAAACAUCUGUGUUGAUUUAGAAAAAAUGUCAAUUAAAAAGUAUGCUUUCGUCUGGAUACAUUUAGGCCUAGGAUUAGGCCAUAGUUCAAUUAGGACAUUUAAGUACUUUUUAUAAACAUUCUUAUGAAAAAACAUUACUGGUGUGCAUCUUGAGACAAAACAAAGGCACUGAUAUAUUUUAAGAUCAGUCAGUGCAAGUUUAUUUCAGUUGAAACAGUUCAGACUUAGAUUUUAGUCUAGGACUAGUUUUAAGCCUUGUCUGUGAAACCCGGGGGUUAGUUUUACUGAGGACGAUUCUGACACAUCAACCGUAGUCAGAUGUUUCUUUGUGCAUUACUUUUUACUACCUGAAGCACUAAAUAUGUAUUGAUCAAAGUUAAUAAUCAGGAAUUCAUGAAGGUGACGUAGAUCUUGUAGUUAAUAAAGCCAUGAGUGUUAUGAAGUAUUUCAGAUUUAAUUAACCGUAAGCUUUAACUGUGAAAUCACUGAACUCAGUUGCAUCAUUUUUGUUGGAUAAUAAAGAAACACAGGAAAUUUUUCAAUAAAUAAAACAUUAAGAGAAAGCUUGA